UCGCACGAUCCAAUCAAAACGUCCUUAAUACAGAUCGCAGCCUUAUACUUCAAAGAGAACUACAGCUACCAACAGACGCGGUGUAUACGUUACUGGUGCGUGUUGUAUUAAAACAUUAUUAAAAUAUCGAUGUUCGUGCUUGGAUAAAUCAUUAUAAUAUUUUUGGAGCAAUUUUUUCUAUCACUUUUCUUAAAUCAAAAUGGACGAAGCGUUUGCACAUCUUGAGGGAAAUACACAGGGCAAGAAAUCCGUUACGUCCCCAGACGGUGGUUGGGGAUAUGCUGUGUGCAUAGGCGUUGGAUUUACUUUUAUGCUGGGAUUUGGAUCUUCAAAUGCAUUUGGUAUACUAUUUAACAACUUUUUUAUAGAACAAGACGGAGCGAGUGGUCUGCCACUAGUUAUUGGAAUAUAUAAUGGAGCCUUAUCAAUAUCAGGAUUUCUCAGUGGAAUUGCUCUCAAGAAGUAUUCUUUUCGUCAAGUUGGACUGGUUGGUGCCGGACUGUUUGUUUUGGGAGAUAUAUUAACGAUAUUUGUAGAAAGAACCUAUCAACUAGCCUUUACGUUUGGAGUCAUAAGAGGUGCCGGUUUCGGGGUCAUGAUACCAGUCAGCUUCACAGCAUUUAAUUGUUACUUUACUAAAAAGCGAACAGCAAUGAUGAGCGCCAAUCAGACCAUGAGCAGUAUGGCUUCCAUAACAUUUCCCAUACUGGUGACAUUCCUCCUAUCGGAGUACGGUUUCCGAUGGACCCUCGCUCUCAUAAUGGCGGUUGAUUUACAUUUGGUUUUCGCAAUGCUGGUUAUGCACCCAGUUGAAUGGCACCAGAUUGAAGUACAAGGAUGUCAAGAUAAAGAGAUGUCUCAUGUUUGCGAUGUCAAAAGUCCUAAAAAGAAAUGCAUUAAUACUGAUAUCUUUGAUGAAUCAAUAAUAAAAAUGUUACCAGGUGACGACAACGUCAUUGAAAUAAAGUCAAGUUCGAACCGACAUGAGUCGAUCCAAAAAAGUAUAAUAAAAGUCAUAUAUGAUAAUGUAGAGUUGGAUCUCCUGAAGGAUCCUAGAUUUGUGAGCACUUUAAUCGGUCUGGGAUUCGCUUUUGUGUCUGACGUGACAUAUUUAGCCAUGGAGCCUAUGUUAUUGUUCUCAUACGGAUAUACCAAGAUGCAAGUAGCAACGUGUGUGAUGAUAGGGGCUAUCGCAGAUCUUAUAGCGAGAUUUUGUCUCGCUGUUUUUACUUACUUUUAUACUGUAGACAGUAAAACUCUAUUUUUUGCUGGUACAUGUGUCACUAUGUUAUUGAGAAUAGCGUUGGUGACUUCUGAUAACCUGUACUUCGUGAUCGGCAUCACUGCUGUAUCUGGCCUGGUUCGAUGUUCCGUCCAGGUGUUGUUUCCUCUGGUUCUGGUGACAGCAGCACCAGAUCGCUUCCCAGCAGCUCUGGCUUUGCACAUUUUAUUCUCGGGCUUCUUGAUGCUAAUGGCUGACCCUCUGAUUGGUGUCAUCUACGAGGCAACCGGAAGCUAUGUGAACUGCUUCAUCGCCAUGAGCUUCUGUUGUUUAGUUUGUGUAGUUAUUUGGACUGUUGAAUACAUCGUUUACAGAAAACGUGACUCCUGAGACAUUCCUAUUAGUUGUAGAAUAAUUUAAAUUUAAGAUGACUUCGAUUAGUAAAUUUUUUUUUAUUGAGCAUUUGUUACCGUUAUUUAAUGUUUGUGAUUUUACCAAACCUUUUAAUUGAGCUUUAAUAAUAAAAUUGUUAAGCAUAGAGUAAGUAUUUCAAUUAUAUUAUUUACGAUAGACUAAUUUCAUAAAAAUAUAUGUAGUUCUAACAUAUAUUAAAGAAUUGUAAAGUGGACAUAUAUUUGGCGAGGCUGCCUUAGUUAUAGAAACAUUUUGUUUCAUACCAGUUCCUGGUACAAGGUCGCAUUUUUGGAGUCCGUUAACUUUUUGGUUUUGAUUUUUUUUACUAUAUAUAAAAGUAAGAAAUUUUGUGACUACAAAAUUUUAAUUUAUAGUAAAUAAUAUUUUACGAAA